UUGAAAUAUUUUUGUUUGUUUGUUUUCAAUAUUUUAGUCUAAUUCUAAACGUGAACGUGUGAACGCACUUUUUAAAUGAUUAACGAAAGCGAUAUGUUUAAUACGAAGCGAAUUAAUUUAUAACAAAAAAAGUAAAAAAAAAAAUUAUUAAAAAAUAAAUUAGUAUCAACUGGUCUGCAUACGUCAGAAAAAAAUAUAUAAAAAAAAAUCAAACAAGAUUUGAUAACGUGGGAGAGCUAAAAGUUCAGUGUUUAAAUAAAUAUUAAAAAAAGUGCUAAUAAUGAUAAUUUGUUUAUAAUAAAAAUUUUUGCCUAAAAUUUUAUAUAAAAAUAAAAAGAAAUUUAAUUAUUUGAAUAAAGUAAAAAUAAGUUUAUUGGGUCAUGCAUUUACUCAGCAACAAAGUUACUGACCCUUUAACACCAACAACAGAAACCAUCUGUUAUGAUUAAAUAACGGUAUACAUUUCAAAAAAAUAUACACAGAUACUAAUGGAAACCUACUUACUGAUGGCAUAAAGUGUAAAUUGUCUAUUUAGAUUUCAUUUCCGUUGCAAACUGUUACAAAAAUAGAGAGCAAGUAGCAGCAACAUUAUUUGUGUGGCAUGAUAAUGAUGAUGAUGAUUACAAAAUUACUGACACUUAGUGAUGUUUAUUGUACAUAAUAUUAAAACAAAAGAAAAGAGUAAAAAAAAAAUACCAAACAACUACAUCAAACAACAAUCAACCUAAAAUUUUAGUAUUUUUUAUAGAAAAAAAAAAAAAAAAAAACAAAAUAAUUUUAUUUACAACAUUGUAUUUCUCUUCUUUUUUUCCCUUAUAUACAACAGCACGUUUUAUAUCAAAAAGAAGUAACAAAAACUGUAAAAUAGUUAUAAAAAAAUAUAUAGAAAAAGUUUCACAGUAUUUAAGUUCCAGUUUUAGUUUUAAACUUUUUUUGUUUAAUUUCUUUUCUACCAAAAUUCUACCACCAAAAGAAAACCACUGCUUUUUUUAUAUUUCUUUUAACAAAUACUUGACUACAUCAUCACUUCUUAAAAAAGACUACCAAAAAAAAAAAAAAAAUCUAAAUAAAUUUAUUUUAAACAGCCGAAAUAAAAAACAAUAUAAUCAAACAUGUAUUCAGCCGUACGAACACACGAUUACGAUUAUCCCGAAUCCGAAAUGGAUGAUCGCGAAAGUUUAUAUUUUGAUACAAUAUCAUUAGCCGACUCAGAAGCGGCAGCAGCAGCUGCUGCCCAUCGUAAAUCUUUAUCGCAAUCCCGCAAUACAAUCUAUCAUUCUGCGGUAGAUUUAGCUGGUGAUGAAACACCCUCCCGCAGGACGGGUAGUAUGCGUGAAAAUGGUCACAAAGCAAGAUCUUCAUGGAAUCCAAAUUAUAGACACUCCACACCACUGGAUCAAUAUCUGCCACCAAAUAUGAAUGGUGGUCUUGCUGGCGGUGGAGGUAUAGCUGGUGGUGGUGGAGGAGGAGGAGCAGGUCUUUUGGGGGGUGGUGAUUAUACAGAUGCUGUUUUAGCUGCACAGGUAAUGGCUCUACAGAAUGGUCGUGCUAAUUAUAGUGCUGGUAAUGGUGCCGGUGAUACAUCACUACAAAUGGCCAAUGAUAUGGAAGUCUCUAGGCGACUCUUACAGAAUAGUACACAAACUAGUAAAGAUAAGAAAUUGCCAAUUACGUACUCCCAGUGGAAAUUUAGGACAAGACGCCGCUUCCAAGAUGGCCAACGUAGUGUUGAUUUUGUUUUGGCCUUUAGCGGUGCCGAUCACAAGUUGGAUAAUAUUAAGAAACGUGAAAUUUUCGAGGCAAAUUUAGAGAAAGAAGGCCUUCACCUGGAACGUGAUAAUACUCAACGUAUACAUUUCAUUAAGAUUCAUGCCCCCCAUGAAGUGUUGUGUCGUUAUGCUGAAAUUCUUAGAAUUAAAUUACCAAUGAAAAAGAUACCCGGUCAAGAUCAAAUCUAUGUUGAAGAAUUUGAAUUGAGUGAGAGUGUAAGAUCAUGCUGUGCGAAAAUAUUUAAAUCUGUCCAACUGAAUCCAGAGAAAUUUCCACCUAAACCAAAACGUAUUUAUUUUGAAUUUCAACGUAACUAUGAGCAUUUAUUCGAUUUCGAACAACCAAAUUUCUUUGAUGCGGGUACCCGGAAUUAUAUUAUUAAUUUUAUAUUGGAACGACAAAAUUUCAUAGAAGGUGAAGAGACGCCGGAUAAUUUAGGCAUAGAGAAGUUAUUGGCCGAUGGUGUUUAUGAGUCGGCCUACACAUUACAUGAUGAUACUGAUCGUGAUUUAUUGUUAAGUGAGUGGGCCAAUUUAAAGAAAUGGAAACAUUUACAACCUUUGGAUAGUAUAAAGGAGUAUUUUGGUGCCAAGGUAGCAUUAUAUUUUGCCUGGUUGGGAUUUUAUACACACAUGCUGAUACCAGUUAGUAUAAUUGGUAUUUUAUUUUUUAUAUACGGUUUUGUAACUUGGAACUCAGAUCCAAUAAGUCGAGAAAUUUGUAAUGAUAACAAUGCAACCUUAAUGUGUCCACAAUGCGAUCGUAAUUGUGACUAUUGGCAGUUGAAGGCCACCUGUAAUUCAUCCAAAAUAAAUUAUUUAAUAGACAACAAUAUUACAGUGGUAUUUGCUUUUGUAAUGUCUAUAUGGGCCGUUUUAUAUCUUGAACUUUGGAAACGUUAUUCGGCUAGACUGGUGCAUAGAUGGGGUCUUACCGGCUACACACACGAUGUAGAGCAUCCUAGACCUCAAUAUUUAGCUAAACUACGUAAAAAUAAGAAGCUUGCAGAUAAACUGGAGCAUGAGAACAGUGUAUUUGAGCCAGAUGUGCCUUUUUGGACCACAAAGUUCCUUCCCAGUUUUACAAGUUACAGCAUCAUGGUUUUAUUUAUAUGCAUAUCAAUAAUUGGCAUCUUCUCCAUGGUGGUCUAUCGCAUGGCUCAGCGUGCUUCGCACAGCAUCUUUGGCAAUGAGGAUUCCAUGACCUAUAAAAUUAUGUUCUUACCCAUGACGGCUGGUGUUAUCGAUCUAAUACUGAUUUCCAUACUCGACUAUAUUUAUGGUUCCUUGGCGGUAACGCUCACAAAUUGGGAGUAUUGUCGCACCAAAACCGAAUACGACGAAAGUUUGACCAUCAAGAAUUAUGUUUUCCAAUUUGUAAAUUACUACUCUUCGCUCUUCUAUAUUGCUUUCCUUAAGGGAAAAUUUGUGGGUUAUCCUGCAAAAUAUAAUCGCAUACUGGGCUUCCGUCAGGAGGAAUGCAAUCCAGGAGGUUGUCUCAUGGAACUGUGCAUGCAAUUGGUCAUUAUUAUGGUGGGUAAACAGGCUGUGAAUGCAAUUGUGGAAAUGCUGAUACCAUAUUUGACCAAGACUUUUAAGAAAUUCGGUACUCGUUGUGGUAUGCGUAAGAAGAAUAAUGAGGAGAAAUUGGUGUCGUGCAAUCAAUGGACGGAGGAUUAUCAUUUGAUACCGUGGACGGAUCAUUCGAUGUUUCUGGAAUACUUGGAAAUGGUACUCCAAUACGGCUUUAUAACCCUAUUCGGUUUAGCCUUUCCCCUGGCGCCUCUAUUAGCCCUUAUCAAUAACGUCAUUGAAGUGCGAUUGGAUGCCAUUAAAAUGUUGAAAUUCAUACGUAGACCCGUUGCUCAAAGGGCUCAUGAUAUCGGUGUCUGGUUUGGUAUUAUGACUGUGGUAACAAAAAUUGCCGUAGCUUCAUGUGCCAUGAUUAUUGCAUUCUCAACAAAUCUUAUACCAAAACUAGUCUACAAAACUGCCACACAUGAUGAGACGCUUGAAGGCUACCUAAACUUUACCUUGGCCUAUUUUAAUACCAAAGAUUUUCAAAUUCAGCCGCUGAUAGUGGGAUCGCCCUAUACGAAUGUGACUUCUUGUCGUUAUACAGAAUUUAGAAAUCCACCAUGGGAUGAACAUCCCUAUAAACGGCCCAUGAUAUAUUGGAAAAUUUUGACGGCUAGAUUGGCAUUUAUAGUGGUGUUUCAGAAUAUUAUUGGUGUGUUACAAACUAUUAUAGCUUGGGCUAUACCCGAUGUUUCGGGUAAGCUAUUGAAACGUAUUAAGCGGGAAAACUUUUUGUUGCGUGAGCAUAUUAUUGAAUAUGAAAAGAUUAUGGCCCAAAAAGCAGCUGCCAAAAAACUUGUAGAUAAAGCACACAACGUGGCUUCCAACAUAUUAAAAGGUGUCCAUAAUACAUUAAAUAAUAGUGGAUUUUCAGAUCCCAUCGAAGAGGAAGAAGAUGAAGGAGUACAGCUACGUAAACGUAAUGCCAAUACCAACAACAAUGCAAGUGAUCAUGUUUCAGAUCAUGAUCACAUAACACCAGUGUAGUUUUAGUGUAGUGGAAGUAGUUAAUAAGUCACAAGUUUUAUAAUUUUAUUUAAAGGAUUUAAAAUUGUUAAACAUUAUUUGUUUGCUAUAAUUUUAUAAGAAUUAAUGUAAAAAACUGUAAUUUAUUUUAAAAACAUACAAAAGUGUUGUAAGCGUAACAAAUUCUAAAUAUCUUUUUGUAUUUUAUGUUUUUUUUACAUAUGUUUAAGUUUUAAAUAUUUUAUUUAUUUUGUAAAAUAUUUUUCUUUAGUAUGUACUUAAAGUACUAAAAUUAAACGUUAACAUAAGAAUACAGAAUUGUUAUUUAAUUAUAAACAAAAUAUUAAAAACA